AUGAGCGCUCUCGGUCUACGCGCCCACAAGGACGGACACGCUCAAUCUGGUUUGCCUCGAGAAUGCUCCGUCAGUCGAGCUUACCGAGCGCAAAACGCAAAGCCCCUUUCCCCAGGGCAACUAAUCUACAUAGCCAAGACGAUCACUCGACAAGUCAGAUCGCAUCCCGUUCGAUCAACACGCCCGACAUCCCAAUCGGUGACUGAUCUUCAGGAACCAUUUCGAGGCGGCGGACGCGACACAUUCCACCUGCCUCUCAGGUCACCAGAAGCCCCCGGCAAUGCGACUCUAGCUUGGGAUAGAACAAUCUCAACAACAACAACAACAACAACAACAACACAAAGCCAAGUGCUAUUCUUAGAGGCAGACCCAGCCCAGGACUCGCCGGGUCGUGCCACAAGGGAAGCUCCGGACGCGGCUCUCUCCCUCUAG